AUGCCGCACACACACUCGCACCCACACAGUCACGGUCAUGGACACUCGACGCAUCGGAAAAGGUACAAGCCAACUGACUUUGAUAUGGAUAAACUAAGAAGCACCCUUAAACAAUUUGUCCGUGACUGGAGUGUGGAGGGCGUCGUGGAGCGUAAUUCUUGCUAUGAGCCCAUGAAGGAUGCGCUUUUGCGACAUUUCGCACACGUGCCGCUUGAAGAAAGAAAGCGGCUGAGGGUUCUUGUCCCCGGUGCAGGUCUGGGUCGCCUUGCAUAUGAUGUUGCCAGUUUGGGUUUCACAUGCCAAGGCAACGAAUUUUCGCACUACAUGCUUUUGGCCUCGUAUUUCAUUCUGAACAAAACUACCGAGAUCGGGGCGCACAAGUUCUACCCCUACGUUCACUCCUUCUCAAACAUUGCCUCUAGGCAAGCUAUCCUACGGGAAGUGUCAAUUCCAGACGUAUUGCCAUCCGUCCUGCCUCCAGGGUCCAACUUUUCGCUUGUAGCUGGUGAUUUUGAAGAAAUAUACGGAUCUGAAUCCGAUCCUGAUGAACCUCAAUCCGGGAAGUGGAACGCCGUUUUGACCUGCUUUUUUAUCGACACAGCCAAAAACAUUGUCAACUAUCUUCGUAUUAUUCAUCGCAUUCUGGCCCCCGGCGGCGUCUGGGUUAACUUGGGGCCGCUUCUCUGGCACUGGGAAAAUAACAACACAAACGAUCCAUCUGUCGAACUUGAUUUAGAAGAGGUCAAAUCCCUGGCUAGCACGAUUGGAUUCAAGCUUUCGAACGAGAAGACGAUCGACACUACCUAUACAAGCAACGCUCAGGCUAUGUUAGGAUACGUUUAUCAUGCAUCCUUCUGGACUGCGACAAAAGUGGCGUAA